AUCGAUCUGCGCGAAUUGCUUGAAAGCAUUAGUGAUAUCUGCAGCGCAUGCUUUGAGAUAAAAGCAAAUCGUUCAAUAAAAGUAUCUUUCAUGCAAGUUGAAUUGCACAUUAGUUCCUAAAAAAUUACAAUUGAAUUCUGAUAACUGGUCUGCAGAUUGUGAAAUAUAAGUAAACAAUAUGUCUAGCAACAAGUGUGUUAAGGUAUCGAAAAAAUCCUACCCAAAGGAGCCUCAAGAAAUGAAUCAUCAGGAAAAGCUAAGACUUAUUGAUGAUGAAUUAAAUUCAUUUUACAAGUAUUGUCAACAAGCUGGUUUCACUGAAGAAGAAAUGGAUAUAAUUUGUCAACCUCUGGUAGCAGCAAUGAGAAGAUCUUGGCUCCAACUGGUACUUCGAGCAACAGUUAUCCUAGUUGUCAUUGGUACUAUUGCUUGUGCUGCUAUUCAACUGGAUUUUGUUGGCACUCAUUUCUCAGCAAUUACACGUUUGCUUGCUGUCAAGAUUUUACCUUUAUGGAACUGGCAACAUCUUUACAGGGAAAAUUGUAUGAUGCAUAAUCCAUUUUAUAAUGAAUAUCCAAUCACUGAAGAAGACUGCGUCGUAAGCCAUAGAACUUGUGAAGCUGUUGAAACCAUUGAUCGCUUAUCUGAUGUUCGAUACCGUCAGUUAGUUGACAAUUACCUCAGUCGGGAUGCUCCAGCAAUUGUCACUGAUGCCAUGGAUUCUUGGGCAGUUAUGAAUGCUGAUCAUUUUUGGUUUGAUAACAUUACUCAUCUCUACUUAGGCAACGAACGUCUAAUGGAAACUGUCCCUUGCUCAUUGACAUCUAAUCUUCGUACUGGUUCAUCAGAUUUAGCAGCUUUCUUGCGUCGAGUUCAUUCUCCUGAAGUAGCAAAGUGGUUUGUGCACUGGCAAAAUUGUGACAUUAAUGCUGUAAAGGCAUUACGGAAAUUUUAUCAACGGCCGUACUUUCUAUCAAGCACAGUAUCUCCAGCUCACUUCAACUGGGUUUUGAUGUCUUCUGAUUAUAAUAGCCCGAGUUAUAAAAAAGUAGAAUUAGAUUCAGGUUUAAUUGCUCUUGCUCAGCUUCGUGGAGCUACUCAGCUACGACUCACACCCAUAAAUCCAUGCAAUAGUUCAUGUCCAGAGCUGAUAGCAGAUUUAAAUCGGGGAGAAAUGUUGAUUUUUACAAACUUAAUGUGGAAUUUGGAGUAUGCACCUAUGAGAGGAUUAGACAAUAUUGCAAUUCUUACAGAAACUGUCUGGGAAGAAGAUCCAUAAGUUAGAAAAGAUAUUCAUCGUAUUACAAAUAUUAAAAAUAAUAACAAUAAUACUUUACCCAUAUUUAUAAAAUGGUAUAGUAAUAAAAAAUAAACAUUAACAUAAUACUAAAUGAUAUUAAGAAAAAGUAUUAAUUAUUAUUCCUGUGCUAAAACGUUGAUGUAGAAAAAGAGAAAAGAUAAUAAGUCUGUUUGUUGAAAAUAAAGAUAAAGAGAAAUAUAUGUAGAAUAUCAGAAGUAACAAGAAACAAGAUUUGGUUUUUAUUAAUUAAUUAUUUAUAAUAACAUUGUAUUG